AUGCAGCUCACCCCCUCCGUCCUGUCGCUCGCCGCCUGCGGCCUCAGCGCCUUCACCCUCGUCGCCGCCGACGCGCACUGCGACACGCGCUACGGCACCAAGCACUGGAUCGGGCCCUUCUGGGACCCCGACAGCUGCGGCAAGGGUAACUACGGAAAGUGCUACCCCAAGAAGGAGGACACGAUGAAGCUGCUGUGGGACCAGUUCGACAAGGCCUUUGAGGACCUGUGCAAGGACGUCUCCUGCGAGGGCUCCUUCGACAUCAAGUUCCCCGGUUCCGGCUGCGACUCCAAGAAGCUGGGCCCCAACAAGGCCUACUCGCUCAAGAUCGAGGCCGAGUACACGCACGGCGACCGCGACGGCGUCAAGGAGGCCUACACAAACACCAUCCAGAAGCUCAACAAGCAGAGCACCGACUGCGGCUUCUUCGACACGCCCGGCGUCAACCAGAUCAAGGUCGAGAUCCCCACCGACAUCAACAUUGUCCGCGACACGGGCGACCACGGCCUGCGCUCCACCAUGCACAUCAUGCUCGACACCGGCGGCGAGAGCGCCUGCGGCCUCGUCAACGACAUGUGGGGAACUGUUGGCGGCAGCAUCCCUGGCGGCGCCCUCUUUGGCGCCAUCCUCAAGGGUACCUGCAAGUAA